GCCCCCCGCGCAGGCGCCUGGAAGGAGGGGGUGGGGCACGCUAGCGUCCGCGCCAUCAGACCCGAGGUGGCCGCGAGGCUCUUUCCUGGUGUAUGGUUUUACCUGCCAAGCGGUUCUGCUCGGUGCCGUCAAUGGAGGGCGUGCGUUGGGCCUUUUCCUGCGGCACCUGGCUGCCGAGCCGAGCAGAGUGGCUGCUGGCGGUGCGGUCGAUCCAGCCCGAAGAGAAGGAGCGCAUUGGCCAGUUCGUCUUUGCCCGGGACGCUAAGGCAGCCAUGGCUGGUCGUCUGAUGAUAAGGAAGUUAGUUGCAGAGAAAUUGAAUAUCCCUUGGAAUAAUAUUCGUUUGCAAAGAACUGCAAAGGGAAAACCAGUUCUUGCAAAAGACUCACUGAAUCCUUACCCCAAUUUCAACUUUAACAUCUCUCAUCAAGGGGACUAUGCUGUACUUGCUGCUGAACCCGAGCUACAAGUUGGAAUUGACAUAAUGAAGACUAGUUUUCCAGGUCGUGGUUCAAUUCCAGAAUUCUUUCAUAUUAUGAAAAGAAAGUUUACCAACAAAGAAUGGGAAACAAUCAGAAGCUUUAAAGACGAAUGGACUCAACUGGAUAUGUUUUAUAGGAAUUGGGCAUUGAAAGAAAGCUUCAUAAAAGCCAUUGGUGUUGGACUAGGAUUUGAAUUGCAGCGUCUUGAAUUUGAUAUAUCCCCAUUAAACCUGGAUAUAGGCCAAGUUUAUAAAGAAACACGUUUAUUCCUGGAUGGGGAAGAAGAAAAAGAAUGGGCAUUUGAGGAAAGUAAAAUAGAUGAGCACCAUUUUGUUGCAGUAGCUCUUAGGAAACCCGAUGGAUCUAGACAUCAGGGUGUUUCAUCUCAAGAUGAUUCUAAACCAACCCAGAGGCAGUUUACUAUUCUCACCUUCAAUGAUUUAAUAUCCUCUGCUGUUCCUAUGACCCCUGAAGAUCCUUCAUUUUGGGACUGUUUUUGCUUCACAGAGGAAAUUCCAAUUCGAAAUGGUACAAAGUCAUGAUGAUAUGGUUCCUUAAGUAAUAAAGGGAAAUGUAUUCAUUAAAAAAUAAAUGCUGAUAGUAUCAACUUUUAUUUCAAAAAUCAGUUUUUAAAAACAACUUCCCUAUUAAAAAAGCAGACUCCUAGUUCCAGAUAGCUCACUAGAAUACAUAGUUACCUCUUUCUCCCCAAAAAUCACAUUGGAUCGACAGAAGGAAUUCCCUGAAAAAUAAGUGACAACAUGCUCAUUGCAGGAAAAAAAAAAUUGCAUAAAGAGAUAUUUAAAUUCCUAUCUUUCAGAGAUUAUUCCUAAAACCCAAAAUAUCUUUCCAGACCUUUUUCUAGCAAAUGAAUCCAUAGUAAUAUACUGUUUUGUUCUCUUAAUUCCACAUCUAGUGUUCUUAAAUAUACUUCAGUGGCAUAACUUUUAGUGAUGCUAAUGUAUUCUAUUGUAUGGCUGAUAUCAGUUAGGAUGCUUUUAACCAGAGGUAACAAUGUCCAAACAUACAUUUAAAUAACCAAGGACAUUUAUUUACUUACCAUACAAAGGUGUCAUUAAGGACACUUUUUUUUUGCCUUGGCCUCAGUUUAUUGGUUUUGCUUUAGGCUUGUGUCCCUCAUGGUCUUAAGAGAUGUUAUUGUAACUUCCAACUUCACACUUAUUAAAAUUGUGUCAAAAAGGCAGGAAAGUCCAUGUCUCCUCUCUUCGCCAUUUUAUCAUUGAAAAAGACUUCUCCCAAAAGCCCCCAGAAGCUUCCUUUUCGGUGUCCACUGAGACAGACGAUGUCCCUGAGUGAGCUCAUCUGUGACCUUAUCCUGUGGGAGGUAGACUCUGGGUAAGGAGGACGGGAAGGCGGGCCUGGGGACACGGUGUUCAGGGGAAGCCCACUCCCUGCCGGAAAGACAGUGUGCCACCGUUUACUCACUUUUUCCUCUGUGCUAGACAUUUUUGAUUGCCUGCAAUUUUUACUAUAAGCAGUGGUGCAUUGAAUGUCCUUGUGACCACAUUUUUUAGGUAAGUGCUUAAUUAUGCUUAGGUUUCUAGAAGUGGAAUGACUGGUUCAAAGGGCUUAAACAUUUUUAGAGCUUGGUAAGUACUGCCAAAUUGCUCUCCAAAAAGUCUGUAUAAUUUACACUUCCAGUUAGUGUUCUAUAUGUGACCACCUCUUUACCCUUCACUUGCAUACAGCCUGGUCAACUGUAGAUUAUCCCUUCUUUACAAAUUUAAUCUUUGCCAAUACAAAUGAAAAACAGUUUUGUUUUUUUAAUUUGUGUUUUUUUCAUUGCAAUGAGGUUGAUAUUAUCGUUGUUAUUGGCUAUUUAUAUUCCUUUUUUAUGAACUGCCUGUUAAUUGUCUUUGCCUCUUUUUAUUUUGGUAAAUAGGACUUAAUUUACAGUGGGAACAUAAUAUGUAAGAUACCAUGACCAUCAUAUUGAUGACAAAACCUGUUACGUGGUCAUGUUGCAUGUCUCGGAGAUUUAAAGUUCUUGUUAUUGUUAAUAUGAAGAAGUGAAACAACUAAAUUGUUUCUGUCACAAAAACUACAAAUUUGUGUGUAAAUUUGUAACAGUAGAUACUUUGCUUAGUAAAAAAUACUGGAAUGUUUUAAAUUUUUUUACUUUAUUAAGCAUGCCCAAAUAUUCUAAGAAUAGUAAAUAACGUGUUUGUAAAAGAUCAGGUAGCAUUUAUAAUAGAGGAAACAUUGUUUUCCCUAGCAUGAAUGUAAUAAUGAUAUGAGAAACUGUCAUCUUUCUUGUCAUAAUAAUAAUAAAUGAUUAACAUUAUUGAA